CUGCCAAACUUAUUUAUGUUUUAAUUCAACCGUCUUGUGUCGUGUUGUUGAUUUACUUAAAUAAAUUAAUAAUUUUAGCCAUGGUGGAUCCAAAUUUCAUUGAAGUUAACGAGAUCGUUGGUUAUUGGACAUAUUUGGCAAGCAUUGACUGGAAGGAUCCUUGGCUAAUUGGGCUUAUACUAUUGCAUGUUCUGACAACGGUGACAACUUUGAUGACAAGGAACAGCACUAAUUUCCAAAUGUUUCUUUUUCUAAUACUGUUAUCGGCAGCCUACUGCUCGGAAAGCAUCAAUGAAUUUGCGGCAGCGAGAUGGAAAAGCUUCUCAAAACAACAGUACUUCGAUAGUAAAGGUCUAUUCAUUUCAACAGUGUUUUCAAUACCUAUUUUGUUGAAUUGUAUGCUAUUAGUGGGUGCUUGGAUGUACAACUCCUUUCAAAUAAUGGUCAAGUUAAAAAGAGCACAGCUAUUGCAGAGAGUUAAGAAAGAGCAAGAGCAAGAGCAAGAGUUGCAAAAGGAAGAGACUACCAACGCAGAGCACAUCAAAUCCGAGUGAUUUGAGUAUUAUUCUUCAGUUGACAAAUUGUUUUGUCGCAAUCUAUUUAAUAGGCCAUUUUAAAAUAUUUUUUAAUUUCGAUAUGAAAUAAUGGUAGAAGGUUCAAUAUUGUACGGUAAUAGUAGUAGAGAUUUAUUAUAAGCGCGUGCAUAUGUAAAUUGAUUUAGUUUAGUUUUAUGUGCUUAAAACUUCAAUACAUGUAAAAUGAUAGCGUUAUAAA